GUUUGAUUUCUUUGUUGUUUGUUUUUAAAUAAUAUCGUCGCGUUAAAAUAGGCCUUUAGUGAAUUUUAUUAAUAUAUAACUAAGUAUAUCACUCAGUUCUUGAAGUACACACUUCCUUAUAGAUUGUGAAUACUUAAAAUGUGUCUAUAAUGUAAAGUGUACUGUUCAGAGAGUGCUUAUCCCAAAAUGUAUGCUGUUUAUAUACUGUCCUAUGAGUAUAGAAGAAACAAGUGAGCAUAACAUACACCGUUUGCCUAUUAUCUCAUAGAUAUAAAUAUCUGUUCAUCAUGUGAUUAUAGCAAGAAGAAUAAUUAGAAGACAAAAGAAUAAAUAUUUUAUCUAGGGCAUUGUUCACCUAAUUAUAAUAUUGAACCAAUGUAGUAUACAUUACUUUUAUCUUCUAUUAGUUAUGUCACUUAAAAACAUAAGCUUUAUAAAAAGAAAAAGAAAAACUGACAUGCACAACCUGUCUUGAGUUGUUUUAUUGAUUAGAUGAAAUGAAAUAAUCACUACUGCCUCUGAGAUGCAUAAAUACAGAUAGAUGUCUUAAUAUCCGGGUAGCAUUUUGAAAAGAAAAACAGAAGAGAUUAGCCAACCUUUCUGAUUUGGUUUACGCCACACAAUUAUGUGCAUUGUUUAACGGAGAUAGAUUAUAGAAGCAUAGUCUAUUAUACUUUCUCAUUCUGAAGACAAAAUACAUAGGAAUAGUAUUAUAAGAUAGUUUUAUUAUCAUAGUCAAUUUAUUAUCUGAAAACGAAAAUGACUACAAUACGGCGACAUCACAAUACAUUUUCUCACACCAUGAAUAAAUUUAAGGCCAUGGACAAGGCGAAUAAUCCACAGGGUGCUAAACCAAGUUUCGCAGCCAGUGGUAAAGGCGGUCAACCGAAUGCUAAACAGAUUAUGCUUGAUUGGUGUAGAGCUGUCACCAAAGGAUAUGAGGGUGUGGAUAUACAAAACUUUGGAAGUAGCUGGGGUGAUGGUUUGGCAUUCUGUGCAUUAAUUCAUCAUUUCUAUCCGGAUUCAUUUGAUUUUUCCGCUUUGGAUUCAAAAAAUAAACGCGCCAAUUUUGAAUUAGCGUUUGAAAAGGCCGAAUCCUGUCAUUACAAACCACAGCGAUUUACUCUCGUGAAACCUGCUCCCUUUAUCUCUUUGUUAAAUACAAUAAAAGUGGAUAUUUGAUUGAAUGAUCAACACUUUCAUCUGUUACUGAGUUUCAUUCGUCUUAAACUGGCCAAAGUCAGGAGCAUUCUCUAAUAUUCAGCGCAUACUGUUUCCUUAAUCUAAUCGCUUGAAUUAUUUCUUCACUAUAGUUCUAAAUGUUUAUACCCGAGAUCAUAAACACUUCAUACUUUCUCUGUAUGCAUACCAUGAAUAAGAGUAGCCAUAGAAGAAGAAUUAAACUUUCAAAAAAUUAAAAUCAAUAAAGAAACUUGGUAAUGUUGCUCCAUUACUUGAUAUUGAAGAUAUAAUGCGUAUGAAAGUACCUGAUUGGAAGUGUGUCUUCACGCAAAUUCAAUUGUACUAUAGACGAUUUCAUUUAGAAGAAGGUAAAAAUGCAACUGUUCCUCCAACUGGUAUCCUUCCAAAAGCUGCACCACCAUCAGCUAAAACACCAUCCGAAAAUUCAGAAAAUGAAUAAUCUGACUGUAUAAAACUUAUACAUUCAACAAGAUAAAAUUAUUUGCGAUCAAAAGAAAAAGAAAGGUAUCCUACCUAAAACUGUUAACCAGUGCUCCUAUUGAAAAUGAAAAGCUUUUAUUUUUAAAAUUAUUUUCACUAGUUGUUUUUUUUGUCUUUGCUUUAUUCCAUCAAGCAUUAUCUAUCCUCAAUACAUAUUGUAUCAGCUUUUUCAUUUGCACAAAUAUAUACAAAUGAUCUUUGUUUCUUUUUUCUUAAUUUAAUAAUUACUGCAUUUUACCAAUGUCUUCUGCUAUAUUACCAUGUUGUAUAAUAAGCAUCAAUAUUAUCGUCAAUAUUAUCCAUGUCUGGUGAGACAAUUUAUUGCCCUACAAUACACUUUUACUGUUAGUCUGACAGUGUGUUGAUUUCUCGCAAACUGUUUAUAUCUCAUAUGUAAUAGAUUUAGAGAAUUAGAUAUGUUUAACUUCAAUUGGAAUAUUACUUUAAUUAUCCCCUUUUAGUCAAAGUAUCCUAGAUAAUAAGUUUAAAUUUAGUUUGUACAACUUUUUGCUAUCAUUAUCUCUCUUUUUAUCUAUCUAUCUACCCAUCUAUCCAACAGAUUUUUGAGUUGGCUAACUCUGUGCGCAUAAACGCUGAGAACUUUACCAAUACAUAUGUCAUCAUGACUUUACGAUACAUACAACCAAUGUAUUAUUUCUUCUUCUCUAUUAUUUCAGUACAGAAAUUUGAUUUCAUAGUUUUAAUUUACCUCUAUUUUUAUGUUUCAUCAAUAACAAAAUGUGUAUUUCAUAAGAAAAUGCAUAAGAUAUUUCCUUUUC